AUGACGACAGCUGGCGGCUAUGGUCAGCAAGGUCUUGAUGCGGAGGGGCAGGAGCUUGAGGAGGCGCCUGGCCAUCCUGGCCUGCAUUCCCUCCGACGUGAUUUCGCGCACAAGCCUGCUGGGCGCCUGAACCAUGGCUCUUUCGGUGCUGCUCCCGCCUCUGUCCUGCAGCGGCAGCGGCAGUACCAGCAGCGCUGGGCCGAGCGGCCCGAUGACAUGUUCUUUCGAGGAGAGCUCUUCGCAGAUCUUCGACUUGCCUCAGCCAGUUGCAUCCCCUUGAUCAGCAGUGACAACGUCCUGCCUCAGCAAGUGGCAUUGAUAGAAAAUGCGUGUGCUGCAACGGCCAUGAUUGCACACCGCUGGUCCAAGCUGAUAAGCCCAGGCGACGUAGUUUUUGUUCUUGACUGCGUCUACGGUGCCUGCAGGAUGUGCCUCCAAGAGCACUGUUGCAACGAUCCACGCAUAGGUGGGCAGCUUUACACACUCAGCAUCUUCGAGGAGCACGGAUCUUUUCCGAAAUCCUCUGGUUUAAUAGUGGAGCGAUUUCGACGCAGCCUUCAGAAGCAGAUCAGGUGCAUCAUUGGGCAGGCAGUGAAAGAUGGCAAGCAAAUAUUCGAAAAACAUCGGCCAGUGCAAAGAGAGUGCAAAUUGUACUUUUUCUUGGACUACGUGUCCUCACAGCCCGCAUUUGUAUUGCCUGUUGCAGAGAUGCUGCGGGAAAUUGGGGUCCUCCUGAGUACGGAUUUACAUGCUGAGCAAUCAGAGGCGCAAUUGUCUUUGGGCGAAGUCUGCAUCGAUGCCGCGCAUGCAUUUGCAGUAGAGGGUUUGGACGUGGUACAGCAAUUCGAGGGCUUGCCCAGUGAAUUGAAACCUCACUGGUGGUUUGCAAAUUUGCACAAGUGGGCUUUUGCACCUCCGACCGCCACGGUGGUGUAUGCCAAAAACGCGGAGCUAAUGUCUCAAACCUCCCAUCCGAUGAUCAGCUGGUUCUACGGCAAGGGCUUGCAAGAGGAAUGCCUUUGGGCCGGAACUCGUGAUUACAGUGCCCUGCUCAGUGUGCCGGCGGCAGCUCGAUUCUUCCAGACUUGGCGGAGCCCGGAUGGUCUUGGUCCGGCAGCCUUCUCGAAAGCCAGGAUCCUUGAGGCCGGCACGUACCUCUCCUCGCUUUGGGGGACAUCGGACAGUUUGCCAGAUCCCGAGCUGGUAUGCGCUUUGAUGAUGGUGGAACUCCCGCGGGAAUUAGACGUAGGAGCGCAGGAUCUCCCCGGUCUUCCCACAUCCGACACAAAAGAGAGGCGGAGUGUGCGAACGAUUCUCAGAGAAGACUUCAGCGUUGAGGCGGCUGUCGGCAGUUUCGGGUCCUGCGGAAAUUUCAUUCGCCUUUCCUAUGCUGUGUACAACACCUGGGAUGAUAUCCUGAGCUUGGGCCGUGGGGUCAUCCAAAUCUUACAGGCUCAGCAGCGCAUGAAAAGCGAGCAGGAAACAGAGGUGAUCUGGCGCUUCUUUGUGUGCUCGCUGGCUCAAGCUGAGCAUUGCCUCCAUUUGCAUUCUCUGGACUUCAGCACGACAGCCUCUCACAGCAGGGCCCCGCCUAAAGAUCACAAAACUGAGCUCCUGACAGGCGAAGCGACGACUCCCGCCUCCUGGGACCUGGACUUGCUGGAGAAGAGCGAGAAGGCUUUCUUAGACUUGAAGUCUUGGGGCUCCUCGGGUGAUGAUAAAAGAACUCGCACCUUUCAGGCUUUGGAGAAGUGGGGCUGCGUGCUGCUGCGUGGGCUGCUGACGCCCGAGGACGUCCUCAGCCUUCGCAGAGCCUUCGGGCUGGGAGGCCAUCCUGGGCCCAGGGAGUUUGCACCGGCCCGCCGAGCAGCAGAAGUUGGUCUGUGGGUGCAGCAGCAUGAUCCAAACGUGUCCAUGGGCCGCUACACCUUCGGUCGGCUGCAUCUGCUGUUGCGAGGCUCUCCGGAGUAUGAGACUGCUGCUAUCUCACCGCAUGCAUCACUCGCACCUCUGGUUCACAAGCACUUCGAGAUCCAGGACAUGGCUGGCCGGCGAGUCUUCCUUUCUGAGGCGCAGCUGGUGAUCGCCGAUCCAUUUGCCGAGGUUCAGCAGUGGCAUAUGGAUGCCGCAUCAGGACGAGGACUCUCCGUCUUCCUGCCCCUUCAGAAUGUGGCAGCAGAUCGGGGUCCGCAGGAGUUACUACCCGGGACACAUGCGCUGCACGACUACCGACGUGGCCUCCACGAGAGAUGCCGGGACUGCUUCCGCAGCCUUUGCGCCACGCACGGCACAGUGAAGACCGCUGGAGGUGCUGAGGUUUGGUCUGCCGGGGAUGCGCUUGUCCUGGAUAGUGGGCUGCUGCACCGAGGCCUCGCAAACGACAGCUUGGGUGCUCCGGUGCCCAUGCUGGUCUUGAGAUACGACUUGGUGGACAAGCCUCCGCCAGGCAGGCGGCAGGAGAAGGAUCUGAAGGCGAAGCGGCAGGAACUUGGCAAGCUUGCCGAGCAAGAGUUGUUAUACUUCCCGACUGUGUCUGAGUCAGGAGCAAGGAAGAAGCAGGCUGAGCAGGCUGAGGUUGCCAAUAAAAGGGCCCAAUUGGCGGAUCAGAUCAAGGAACUGGAGAGGCAGCUCAACGAUCUGGAGCUGAGGUGA